AUGACGAUAAAUGAUUAUGUAAAUGCGAAAAAGGGCACACUCGAAGACUGCUUGACGUGCCCGUUAUGUUUUAAUCUAUUCGAGGAGGCUACAACAAGUUGUUUAUGCCUUCAUACAUUUUGCAAGAAAUGCAUAUAUCAAAAACUCAAGGAAAGUCUAACAAAUUGCUGUCCAUUGUGUAAUGAAUACCUGGGUUCUUGUCCCAAAGAGAAACUUAGGCCUGACAAUAAUUUACAAGAACUUAAAAACAAGAUAUUUCCAUCAAAGAAGGCAAGAGACAUUAAAAGUAAUGAGACCCCUGCAACACAAAGAAAGGCAACUUUAGCAUCACUUCCUAAUGCUCCAAAGGCAAGAAGAACAAAAGAAAAUGUAAAAGCAACAAAAGUUUCUGCCAAGAAUGACAAAUUAGACAACAUUGCGGAAAAAAAUCAUCGUGGUGCGGCCUCAGAGCUCGAAACCUCCACUAAGACCCCAGUUGUUUACAACAAGCAGAGAGUUAAGAGUGCGGAAGAUCCCUCUAGAAUUGGUAAGAGAUCAACGCAUAAGCAAGCUAAGGCUGACAAGUUAUCUGUUCCUGCGGAAACUUCAAAUGGACGAGACGACAUAAAUGGUCCUUUGUUAUCUCUUCCAGAAGUAUGCUUAGACAAAGAAGAACCAAACAAGAAAAUUCCAACAAGGGCAAAAAGAAGAAGCCGUAAAUCCAUACCUUUUAAAAGUCCCGGCUUGGUGGAUCUUAACGAGAAGCUUGAAUCAGAACCAGAAACAGAAAUAAAACCAAAAGAAAGAUCACAGCCUAAUACAAGUGAUGUCCGUGAGUUAAAGAACUCAAGAGAACUAAGAUUUGGAGCUUCAACUUCAAGAGGAUUUGAAGAAGAACCUGUGACAAGAUCAUAUCCUGUCUGGUUCACACUCCAUGCUUGUGAAAAUAAGAGAGGUGAAUCAUACCCGCAAAUUCCAAAACCUUAUAUCAAAAUCAAUGAUGGAAAUAUGCCAGUAUCCUCAGUCCAGAAAUACCUUGUGCAGAAGCUCAAUCUAAUACAUGAGUCCGAGGUUGAAGUAAUGUGUUGCGGUCAGCCAUUGGAUCCAAUUGCACCUCUAAAUAGUAUAACUCAAAUGUGGGUAAAGAAUACUAAUGGACACAUUCGAAUAAAGAGUUCAGAGGCUCAAAAUUUCAUCAUGGUCUUGACAUAUAGGAAAAAAAAUAGAUAGAUAAACAAAUUGAGAAAUGGUCUCACAACCGAAGAUCAUUCCGAACUCAUCAUUAUCAUCGAUCCUCAGUUUUCGCUAAUUCAGAGUUUCAGACCAUUUCCACUGGUUGUAAAGGCUGUGCAACGUUUUUUUGGUAAGCUGUAUUUCAGUAGGAAAUGUAAUUUGUACCAUUCAU